GUGUGGGUGUGAUGAGGUUGCCAAGGAUUGUGGUACCUCAAACUUACAAUGUCGAGCUUUGGGUGAAUCUUGAGUCUUGUGAGUUCCAAGGCAGGGUGAGGGUCUCCCUCGAUGUCACUGCGGUUACCAGCGUGGUACAACUCAACACCGCAGAUCUUACCAUUGACAGCGUCUUGGCGAGCUUGCUCGAUAGCACGGUGCUCCCGAUCAAGUCCGUGGAAGAAGACAAGGAAAACGAGCUUCUAAUCGUUGGGUUUGAUGGGGACGAUGCUCUCGUGGUGGGAAGCCCGCUGGUGCUAACGAUCGACUAUCACGGAUCACUAAACAAAAGCCUGAAAGGCUUCUACGAAGGUUCCUAUGAAGUUAAUGGCACCAAAAGAUACAUGGCCGCCACUGACUUCGAGCCCGGCAAUGCAAGAAGGUGUUUUCCUUGCUGGGAUGAGCCAGACUUUAAGGCAACCUUUACGUUUAAAGUUCACGCUCCAUCCGAUCGCCAGGUGCUCUCUAAUAUGCCAGUUGUUCACGAUACGAUCAAUUGCGACGGCACGAAGACGGUGGAGUUCGAGGAGACCGUGCGUAUGUCCACGUACAUCAUCGCCAUUGUCGUCGGGGAAUUUGAUUACCUGGAAGGGACAAGCGACGACGGCGUGCCUGUGCGAGUUUAUACAAGGCGGGGCUACCAGGAGAAAGGAAGAUUUGUGCUCAACAUAAUUCUCAAGCUGCUACCUUUUUUUGCCGAGUUUUUCCAGCUGCCUUACCCGCUUCCAAAGCUCGACGCUGUUGCAGUCCCAGAGUUUAAGACUGGUGCCUUGGAGAACUUUGGCUGCAUUGUGUACAGGGAGGAGGCCUUGUACGCCGACGAGAACUCACCAGCUUGGCUGAGACAAAGGGUUGCUUGCGACACUGCUCACGAGAUUGCCCAUAUGUGGUUUGGCAACAUUGUCACACUGGAAUGGUGGACUCACCUUUGGCUUAACGAGGGAAUGGCUACCUGGAUGAGCUGCUACGCAGUGGACUACUUGUUCCCGGAAUGGGAAAUGUGGAUGGAUUUUCAGAAUUGGGCCAGGUCUGACGCCUUCCGGUUUGAUAGUCUAGAAGGAACACAUCCCGUCGAGGUAGAGGUGAGGAACAUUAACGUUGACACCCCGAUGGACAGCAUAAGUUACUUCAAAGGUGCAUCGCUGUUACACAUGCUUCAGUCAUACCUUGGCCACGAAGAACUCAAGGAAGGACUCAGAGCUUAUGUGAAAAAGUUUGCUUUUGGCAAUGCCACCUCCAGUGAUCUAUGGAGCGUAUUCGAAGAGGUGACUGGCAAGCCCAUAAAGCAGCUUAUGCAUUGCUGGACAAAGGAAGAAGGCUUCCCCGUUGUGAAAGCGAGUCUCUUGGAAAACACCACCGACGUUCAGCUUGAGCAGGCUCGUUUCAUGGCAAAUGGCCGAGAUGUUCCAGGCAAGUGGAUCGUUCCGGUUUUGAUUUGCUCGGGUGUGGAGGAGUCACGCUCGUGCACGAGUCAUUUGCUGGUUGAGGAGCGCUCGACCGUGAAGCACGAAGGGUUCUCAGGCUGGAUCAAGGUGAACGCUGGAGAGACGGGAUUCUUUCGAGUACAGUAUGACAAGGAUAUGCUGCGGCUUUUGCGAGAAGCGGUCUCCUCUGGCAGCUUGGAGCCUGUCGAUCGACUAGGACUCCUGAAAGACAUGCACGCUCUUUGCCGCGCUGGUAAAGAGGAUCCUAGUGAGCUAUUUAGUCUGCUCGAAUCGUACAGGAAUGAAGGCCAUCCUCUAGUCAUAUCGACGUUGGUGGAGAUUGUGGUUGACGUAACGAGUGGCAUCCUCUCCGAAAAACCGGAAGCUUUUGGAGACGUCAAGCAGCGGCUAGCGUCAUUGCUAGAAACUCCAGCAAGGCGCAUUGGCUGGGAGGCUACAGAAUGCGAGGGACACUUGUUUGCAGCGGUGAGAGGACGCAUUUUGGAUGCGCUUGUGAGGCUGGACCAUGACGAAACUUGCUCGGAAGCCGAGAGGCGGUUUGACACUCGCUUCGAGACCGCAAUCCCUUCUGAUCUGACUACGGCAGUUCUCCGGAACGCAGUCAAGGACGUGUCGUCUACAAACCGAGGAAGCUUUGAUGCGCUGAUAUCGCAGUUCGAAGGCUCCACAUCCAUCGCGGAGCGCGUGGAGAUCUUAAGUUUACUAGCCGGAUCUAAUGAUCCAGCUAUGGUACGCGAGGCCCUUGAGUUUGCUUUGUCACCAAAGGUUCUAGCCCAGCACAUAAAUCUCGUUUUUGAGGGAGUGAACGAGCAAGGUUGUCUCACAGCUUGGUCGUGGCUCAAGGAUAAUUGGAACAAGGUUCACGAAAAAGCCUGCAGUAAUUACGUCAUGAAACGGAUUCUCUACUCGGUCACUGCUCAUAUGUGCAGCAGAGAAAUAGCCGAGGAGUUUCGAGAUUUCGUGUCUAGUCGUGAUGGCGCAUCGGACGUCACGGUUGCUUGCUGGGAGCGCGUUUGCUUGCGCGCUCAGUGGACGCAGUCUCUACUCGAUCUGAUCAGCACAGAGCGACUUUCUUGAGCUCCAAUUCCUUGCUGCCUGUCUUCAUGCGCUCCUUGCUACUUUGAUGUCUUUGAAUUUCGGGUCAAGGCGAAAUACUAGAAAAAGUGAAACAUACCUCUAUAGCUGGUGUUUGUCAGUGCCGCUCUUCUGGUAACUUUAGCUACUGAUACACUCACAGACAGGAAUCCCAGCCACUUGGCACGAAAUUAUAUGAUAGAUAGAUACGGGUGAGUCAAUUUGAUGUCCAGUAAGUAAAUCUUCUGCCUAGAUCUCACCUUUUGCUGCUAGCUUGCUUACCUCUGCAUCUCUCUUGAGAAGCUCUCCCUCUUUGUGAA